UUUCAGUCAGAUCUUGGCCAGCCAGCGAGAAACACCGCCUCUUCCACAUUGCACACCCACAAAUUGUACCCCCCGGCCAGUCGAAGUCCACCUUUUCCAGCGGAUUAGACGAUAAGACAAUCAUAAACACAGAGAUCUGGUUACGUAAACAGAAAACAGAGAGCAGCAAGUCGGGGAAAAUGGAAGUGCCGCCACCGCUCGUCCUCAAGCGACCACUGUAUGUGCCCAGUAAAACGCUGAUGGGUCCGGGACCCUCGAACUGCUCCCAUCGCGUCCUGGAGGCCAUGAGCAAUCCGGUGCUGGGCCACAUGCAUCCCGAGUGCCUGCAGAUAAUGGACGAGGUGAAGGAGGGCAUCAAGUACAUCUUCCAGACCCUCAACGAUGCCACCAUGUGCAUCAGUGGCGCUGGUCACUCGGGAAUGGAGGCCGCUCUUUGCAACCUGAUUGAGGAUGGCGAUGUGGUGCUCAUGGGCAUCACGGGUGUCUGGGGUCAUCGGGCCGGUGAUAUGGCGCGUCGUUACGGAGCCGAAGUCCACUACGUGGAGGCGAGUUUCGGGAGAGCCCUCAGUCUCGAGGAGAUCACAUUCGCCUUCGAGGCCCAUCGUCCCCGCGUUUUCUUCAUUGCCCAGGGUGACUCCUCGACGGGCAUUAUCCAGCAGAACAUCCGUGAGUUGGGUGAGUUGUGCCGCAAGUACGAUUGCUUCCUGGUGGUGGACACGGUGGCUUCUCUGGGUGGUGCCGAAUUCCUGAUGGACGAGUGGAAGGUGGAUGUGGCGUACACGGGCUCCCAGAAAUCCCUCGGCGGUCCUGCGGGAAUCACACCCAUUUCGUUCAGUAAACGCGCCUUAACGCGCAUCCGGAAGCGCAAGACCAAGCCAAAGGUGUACUACUUCGACAUCCUGCUGAUCGGCCAGUACUGGGGUUGCUAUGGCACCCCAAGGAUCUAUCACCACACCAUAUCCUCCACAUUGCUGUACGGAUUGCGCGAGGCUCUGGCCCACUUUUGUGCCGUGGGCCUGAAGGCGGUGGUGCGGCGUCAUCAGGAGUGCUCCAAGCGUCUGCAACUGGGCAUCGAGGAGCUGGGUCUGGAGAUGUUCGUCCAGCGGGAGGAUGAGCGAUUGCCAACGGUGAACACGAUCAAGGUGCCCUUUGGAGUGGACUGGAAGAAGGUGGCUGAAUACGCCAUGCGCAAGUACAGCGUGGAGAUCAGCGGCGGAUUAGGACCCACUGUGGAGCACGUUUUCCGGAUCGGAUUGAUGGGCGAAAACGCCACCGUGGAGCGCGUGGACAUGGUGCUCAGCAUCCUGAACGAGGCCAUCCAGAGCAGCAAGUUGGGGAUCAAGACCGAACGCUCCAAAAUAUAAUCACGUUGUUUAUUGUUUUUUAAAUAAAAAUUAAAAUUUAAA